AUGGGUCAGGCCCCGGCCAAAGAAGAGGACUUCUCAUGGGCUUACACCGAAGAGCCGCAUGCUUCAAGACGGAAGGAGAUGCUCGCCAAAUAUCCUCAAAUCAAAGAACUUUUUGGGCAAGAUAAAGCAUUCAGACCUGUGGUUGUAUCCAUGGUUAUUGCUCAAAUAGUUUUUGCCUAUUUGCUCAGAGAUUCCGAUUGGUUUCUUAUUCUACUUCAAGCAUAUUUUGUCUCAGGAACUAUUAAUCAUUCAUUGACACUCGCUGUUCAUGAAGUUAGUCACAAUCAAGCUUUUGGAACGAGCAGACCACUUGCAAAUCGUAUCUUUGGAUUUAUUGCGAAUUUACCCAUGUGCAUUCCGAUGUCUAUUUCCUUCAAGAAGUAUCACUUGGAACAUCACCGUAAUCUAGGAGAAGAUAUCAUUGAUACCGACGUACCCACAGAGUUUGAGGCCAAUGUUUUCCGUACGUGGUUUGGUAAAAUGAUUUGGAUGUGUCUUCAACCACUUUUCUACGGAAUUCGACCCUUUAUGCUCUAUCCGAAAUCGAUGACUGAUUUAGAACUAAUCAAUGUUGGAAUUCAGUUAGCCUUCAGUACUUUCAUCUAUACUCAAUUCGGUCCAAAGUCGUUUUUCUUCUUGUUCGGAGGACUUGUUCUCGGGAUGGGAUUGCAUCCGUGUGCAGGACAUUUUGUGUCAGAACAUUAUGUUUUCAAGAAGGAUCAGGAGACUUACAGUUACUACGGUCCAAUUAACAUGGUUGUUUUCAAUGUCGGAUACCAUGUCGAGCAUCACGAUUUCCCUUACAUCACUGGCUCAAAUCUUCCAAAAGUACGAGAAAUCGCUCCAGAGUAUUACGAAAAUUGGCAAACACAUGAAAGCUGGGUCGGUAUGAUGGCUGAUUUUAUUUUCAAUCCGAAUAUGACUUUGAGAAAAAGAAUCAAGAGAAAGUACGCAAAACCAGAUCAAUUUUCAUUCUACGGAACCGGACCAUAUGAGACGAGCCACGUUUAUAAGUCAAUUGCAAACGUUGUCAACACCUUGACUGGGUUCGGAGGGCGGAAGUCUGUGGUUAAGUGCGACUGA